AUGUCAACCCGUGAACUUGCCCUUCGUACGCUACAUCUAAAGCUAUGUCCCUCUCCUGCUUCUUUCUCUCAGCGCCGGGAGGUUCUCCGCACAAUCAGCACAUAUGGUGAGGUAACCAUGUUUCGCUCUUUAAAAUAUCAUCCUAUAUGUCCCAUCAGCGAUGCCUUCAUGGUUAUUUUUGCCACUCCUGCGGCAGCACAAGAGUUACUAAAUGCUUCGCCCGUUAUUUAUCGAGUCGUCUCAUCUGACCCCAGAACACAAACUACUGCAUCAAAACACACAGAAUUCGAGCAAAUCUUUACAAUUAAUGCUUCAUCAUCUUCUUUUAAUCACAAGAAAUUUCUUGGUUCGAGGUUUACCAAUCCACUCCACGGACCUUUCUUCCCUGUACACACCUCAAAAAGUUUCAUUGGAUCCGCUCUUUCACGUCAUAUCUCGAAGGACUCCAUCAGGGCAGCCGGACUACUUGAUUGGGAGUCAGAUCGAGGAAGAGGUAUACUAAGAAUUAGAUCAAAAGAAAAUAUUGAAACACCAGGAAUUAUGGCCCGAGAUAUAUUUGCGGUUCAAGAGAGUGAAAACAAGAAAAAUUGA